UCGAGAUGCAUUUGCGAGGAAUUGGAUGGAUGAGUAGGCAGCCGGAAGCCUGAAUUGUUACAAGUACUAUUGAUGAACCAUCUUUGAGAAUGGAGGCUCUGUUGGAAGUAAGGCAGAUAGGAUAUGCCAACAAUUAAACAACAAUGGUGGGCAUAAAACACGUUCUCGAAUCACGGUACUAUGACAAGUUGAAACUACAAAGAGCCCUCGAGAAACGUUUUCCCGAUCAGGAUGGGAAAUUUGACUUGAAAAAUGUCAACGAGAAAUGGGUUUUCUACGCCCCUGAGCAAGCUACCAAGGAAGACUUGAAGUAAGGACAUAUCGGUGCCAUCAGAUCGACAAUAUGAAUUGACGGAUACUAGGGACGCCGAGAUCAUUCCCACUUCGUAAGACUGUGCAAAUGCGACCGGGAAAUGACAGGCUGAGCGAGGCACGUGGAACUGCGCGGAUCCCUCUGUGGCCUAUAUCAGGCUCUGAGGCAGACUGCUAAGAGAGCCUAGCAACAAUGGGAAUGGGGUAUUUGAGAGCCUGACUUGAAUUAGUUGAAAUAGAGUACAAAUCACCUCAUAUGAACGAACUUAAAGCACCAUAAUUCCUCCCUUACUUCUGGGUUAUAAAGUACUUGUUUCAGUCAGUUUAACAAUACUCAGCUCGCAUCAAUGCAUACAUUAGCGCCCAAUUUUGUCGAUGAAGUCAUUGUGCCCAUCAGAGUCAUCAGUACGGGGGAGAAAAUAAAAGAUGAAGAUAAUACGAGUGCAGAGGUACAUCAGUUAUCGACUUUGGAGCAGGUCGAGUCCCACUUCAGCCGCACCACGCACUCCUACAACUUUGUGU